CCUUAAAUAAAUACGUCCACACUUUUAUCUAUCGCGUCGAUUUGCAAUUAGUGUGGAAUAAAUAGUAAAAUAUAUAAAUAUGCCGCCUACAAUAAACUCGGCGGUUAAUAGCGCUGCAGAAAAACGACCACAGAGGCAAACGGAGAGAAAGUCGGAGAUAAUUUGCCGCGUCAAAUAUGGAAAUAAUUUACCGGAUAUACCCUUUGACUUGAAGUUCCUGCAAUAUCCAUUCGAUAGCAAUCGAUUUGUGCAGUACAAUCCCACAUCAUUAGAGCGUAACUUCAAAUACGAUGUGCUAACCGAGCACGAUCUUGGAGUCACGGUCGAUCUGAUCAAUCGUGAGCUCUACCAAGCAGAUCCUAUGUCACAGUUGGAUCCUGCAGAUGAGAAACUACUCGAGGAAGAGACGCUGACGCCAACAGACUCAGUGCGCUCGCGUCAACAUUCGCGCACAGUGUCCUGGUUGCGUAAAUCAGAGUACAUUUCCACGGAACAGACCCGCUUCCAGCCGCAGAAUCUUGAGAACAUUGAAGCCAAGGUGGGCUACAAUGUGAAGAAGUCGUUGCGCGAGGAAACGCUCUAUUUGGAUCGCGAUGCUCAAAUCAAGGCGAUCGAAAAGACAUUCAGCGACACAAAGAACGACAUAACAAAACAUUAUUCCAAGCCGAAUGUAGUUCCAGUGGAAGUACUCCCCAUCUUUCCAGAUUUCACCAACUGGAAAUAUCCAUGUGCUCAGGUCAUAUUCGACAGCGAUCCCGCACCAUUGGGUAAAAAUGUGCCUGCUCAAUUGGAGGAAAUGUCGCAGGCCAUGAUUCGUGGUGUGAUGGACGAAAGUGGCGAGCAGUUUGUCGCCUACUUUUUGCCCACAGAAUCGACAUUGGAGAAACGACGCAACGACUUUGUCGAUGGCGAGCUGUACAAGGAUGAUGAGGAAUACGAGUAUAAGAUUGCUCGUGAGUACAACUGGAAUGUCAAGACAAAGGCAUCGAAGGGCUACGAGGAGAACUACUUCUUUGUCAUGCGCCCUGAUGGCAUCUAUUACAACGAGUUGGAGACCCGUGUACGCCUGAACAAACGUCGCGUUAAAGUCGGUCAGCAACCAAACAACACCAAGUUGGUGGUUAAACAUCGUCCCCUUGAUGCUAUGGAGCAUCGCGUGCAACGCUAUCGUGAGCGUCAGCUAGACGUUCCUGGUGAGGAGGAAGAAGAGGAAGAAAUGGAAGUGGACACUGAACAAACACAAACGCAAACUGCACAAGAUAAGUCAGCAGGCAAUGCCGCCAAAUCCAAGUCCUCGGAAGAUAAUGAAACAGCUGCCGGUGGAUCAACACCUGCCGCUGAUGCCCAAGAGCAGCGUGAACGGCAAUCGCGCUCCAGAACUCGCUCGGGUGGUUCGCGUUCUCGUAGCCGCAGUCGCAGUGGCUCCGCCAGCGGUAGUGCAGCGAGCGGUUCACGUAGUCGCAGUCGCUCCAGUUCGGGCAGCGCAUCUGGAUCACGUGCGAGCAGUCGCUCCAAGUCUGGUUCCCGUUCACCAAGCGGUUCACGCUCGAGGUCUCACACACCAGCAGGCUCCCAGAAGUCACGCAGUCGCAGUGGCUCACGAAGUCGCUCACGAUCCAAGUCCAAAUCGAAAUCAAAAUCAAAGUCCCGCAGUCGCAGUCGUUCUGGCUCUCGUUCUGGUUCCGGCUCGCGGUCGCCUUCGCGCUCGAGGAGUGGCUCACCGAGUGGCUCAGGCUCCAGCUCUGGUAGCGGCUCCGAUGAAGAUUAA